GGGGGGGAGCUGCAUGAGGGGUGGGGAAUGGGACUAGGGGUGACAUAGAAGGGAAGGGUUUUCGUGAGGAAGAAGCGCCAGACGGGGGUCUGGGGCCCGGGGCUGGCGGCUGGGGGCUCAUUUGAACCUUGGGAGGGAAGGAUGCGAGGCCAGGCACAUGGAGGCAGUGGCUCAGGCUGUGGGGAGCUGGAGACAAGAGACAGGAAGGGUGGGGCUCGGGCGGUGGGGGCUCGGGGCCCAGGCAGAAGGCAGCGGAGCGGGGUGGGGGCGGGAGCUGAUGUUCCUGCGGCGUCCCUCAUCCCCACCCCUGUGUCUGCGGCGGGAACACUAACUCAGAUGGAUGGGGUGGGGAGAUGCGGCGUGCGUGGCCCCGGGCGCCUCAUCGCUCAGCCGCCGCCCCCGCCGCUGAAGGCCGGGUUGGGGUCCGGCGGUGGAUAAAGGGGCCGCCGGACGAGCGGGACACAGGGACGGCCGCGGCAGCAGCAUGAGCCAGGCAGACACCAGCCACCCUGCGGGCGCAGCAGCCUCCGACUCGGACCCAGGCCGGGCGGCGGUCGCCUUGGCCUACCAGCGCUUCGAGCCCCGCGCCUACCUCCGCAACAACUACGCGCCCCCUCGCGGGGACCUGAGCAGCCCCGAUGGCGUUGGGCCUUGGAAGCUGCGCUGCUUGGCGCAGACCUUCGCCACGGGUGAGGUGUCCGGACACUCCCUCAUCGACAUCGGUUCAGGCCCCACCGUCUACCAGCUGCUCAGUGCCUGUGCCCACUUUGAGGACAUCACCAUGACCGAUUUCCUGGAGGUCAACCGCCGGGAGCUGGAGCUGUGGCUGCGGGAGGAGCCGGGGGCCUUCAGCUGGAGCGCCUACAGCCAGCACGUCUGCUGCAUCGAGGGCAGGGGUGAGUCCUGGCAGGAGAAAGAGCGCCAGCUGCGGGCCAGGGUGAAGCGAGUGCUGCCCAUCGACGUGCACCAGCCCCAGCCUCUGGGUGCUGGGAGCCCGGCACCCCUGCCUGCUGACGCCCUGGUCUCUGCCUUCUGCCUGGAGGCCGUGAGCCCGGAUCUUGCCAGCUUCCAGCGGGCCCUGGGCCACAUCACCACGCUGCUGAGGCCUGGGGGGCACCUGCUCCUCAUCGGGGCCCUGCAGGAGUCGUGGUACCUGGCUGGGGAGGCCAGGCUGGUGGUGGUGCCCGUGUGUGAGGAGGAGGUGAGGAAGGCUCUGCAGCAGAGCGGCUACGAGGUCCGGGACCUUCGUACCUACUCCAUGCCUGCCCACCUCCAGACAGGCGUCGAUGACGUCAAGGGCAUCUUCUUUGCUUGGGCCCAGAAGAAGACGGCAGUGGGGGUGUGAGGCCCCAGUGUGCUGCACGGCCCUCGGCUCCCAGAGCCCCUGUCACGUGAAGUGCAUCCAAUAAAGGCAGACGUGCCUGCUGCAUUGCGCCAGUGUGGUCUGUGCCCUCCCUGGGAAGCAACACAGGCCGAGAGAUCUCUUCCACGUUGGGGGGGUGGGGGAGGCACCAGCUCUAGCCCUUCAAGCUUCAAUGAGGGACACUUGCUGUGUCACUCAUUCUUUCCAAACUUAGGAAAGCCAAGGUCAAGGGGGAGUUCAUCCAGCACCCUGCUGUGUGCCGGACCUUGCAAUGUACAGACACUUCGAUCACCCCAUCCAGUCCGUGCAUUUGUUCAGUCCUGUUAGCCAGUUUCCAGGCAAAGCUCAGCAAAACAGAGCGUGGCAGGGCCUGGCUCGGACCACAGGUGGGGAGAGACUGGAGCAGGAUUUGCAUGGGGGUGGUGAGGUGCUGCAGCCCAGCCCAGGCCCAGGCAAGGGGGCAGAAAACAAGUGCCACCAGCUCCCCCCCAGCUGGACCUCACCCUCCCACCCCUGUGAACUUCAGCAGAGACCCCCAACCCCGUCGAGUGCCUCCAGCCAGCUCCAGGGCCCCCACCUCCUCCUCCAUGCAGCCCACUGUACACAGUAAUGGAGCUGUACAAGAGAAGGUGAGACAGAGAAUUGUUUAUUAGGCACGUCCCUUGCCACCCUCCCACCUUAAAAUAGUUUCCAGUAUCAAAAGAACCUAACAAAGGCCGCCCCAGUCCCUGAGAUUGGAGUCCUGGCACAGUCCCCUACCUCCCGGGGAGGGACAAGGGGGCAGGGACAGAGCAAGAACCCAGUCUCCCUAUUUCAGGCACAGGCACUGCCUUUGGGAAAGUUUCCGGAGCUCCACAUUCCAUGGGGGGGGGGGGCAGGAAUGUGCCAGGGCUGCCGGCAACUCCAGGGGGUCACCUUUACCAGGACACCGGCAGAGCAUGGCCCCUGCCUGCCUCACAGCCACCCUGGAACAGCGAGCCCCUCUGGGCUCACCAGCCACAGGCUUUCUCCCCUCCUCCCUCAAAGAGCAGGCACCAGGAGGGCGAGGCCGUCAGGCCUGGGCAGGGCGGCAGGCCGCGAAGGGCCCUGGGGACCCCUAUUUCCCUCCCUCCUCUUCCUUCCCAGAGGCUGGCUCUAGAGGGUGGUUCUAAGUUGUGGGACGUCCUGUUGGGGCUGGGAGGGGUGGCGAAGGUACACCGGGCACACACAUGGCGAGCCUGGACCCCAGCCCCAGCCUGAUCGGGGGGAUAUCCUGGCUGCCUGGCUGGGCCUUGGGCAGAGCUAGUGCUCAAUGGCUGUAAUGGUGACUUAGUUCCCCCCAUCCUGCUCCCCCCAACACACACACACCCACAGCACAUUCACCAGCAUCCAUUCCCAGGCACAGCCCACAGGCACACUCACAGUCUAUGCAAAAUCCCCCCACCCACACAACCCCCUUGCCCCCUGAACACACACACUCCGUUCUCCACACUGCACGCCCAGGGCUGAGCUCAUGGUCUGGCGCCCCUGCACUGGGCCUGACCCAUGCUCCCUGCACUGGGCCUGACCCAUGCUCCCCUGCACUGGGCCUGACCCAUGCUCCCUUGAACCUCAUGGAGCCUCCCAAGCCAAAAAGCAGCGCAGGACUUUUGUUCUGGGCUCGGAGGGGAGUAUGCGAGGCUUCCUGGGCAUCUGGCUGCAGCAACAGUCAGGUGGAAACCCAUUCCCAUCCCGGUCCCUGCAGCUUGGGCCUUCAAUUGAGGUCCCAUGGGGACAAUGAGAUUGGACCGCAGAUUUAGGUGGCCGAAGAGCAAGCAUCCAGUGCCACCUAGUGGUGUCCUGGAGGAGCGCAUGGUAACAGAGGGGCCUUCCCUGUAUCCCCAGAGGCUGCUGGGAACAGAUCUCCUCAGUACACAGAGGGCUCCGGGCCCCAGUGGGGGUGGGGGGUGGGGGUGCUGCUGGUGCUGGGGAAACAGAGGCAUGUCUCAGCAGACCUAAGAAUCCACUCGGUUCCAUCCCCGUUCAGCUCCAGGAGCUAGAUCGGCAGCCCAAUCUCUGGCCCCGAGACCUGGGGAGGCCCGCAGUGGGUGGGCAGCCACAUGAUUCUGAGCCCACAACUCUCAAGUUCAAAUUUGAGAUGCCAAAAGGAAAAAAAAAAAUCAUCUCAAAGGUUGAGUGG